AAACAGAUGCAGUCAGACCCACACAAGCUGGACUUUGGGCUGAAACCUGAGUUCCUGAGCCGUCCUCCAGGCCCAAGUCUCUUUGGAGCCAUCCACCACCCCCACGAUCUGGCACGACCUUCCACUUUGUUCUCUGCCGCUGGUGCUGCGCAUCCUACUGGGACCCCUUUUGGGCCACCACCUCAUCACAGUAACUUUCUCAACCCUGCUGCUCACCUAGAGCCUUUUAACCGGCCAUCUACGUUCACGGGCCUCGCCGCAGUGGGUGGCAACGCCUUCGGGGGACUUGGAAACCCUUCAGUUACACCCAACUCAGUGUUCGGCCACAAGGAUAGCCCCAGUGUGCAGAACUUUAGCAAUCCUCACGAACCCUGGAACCGGCUGCACCGAACGCCUCCGUCGUUCCCGACCCCUCCGCCCUGGCUGAAGCCAGGGGAGUUGGAGCGCAGUGCGUCCGCUGCAGCCCAUGACAGAGAUAGAGAUGUAGAUAAACGAGACUCCUCCGUUAGUAAAGAUGACAAGGAAAG